CAAAGUUGGCAUCAAAACAAAAGAAACAUUCCGAACUUGAAGGAUGGCGGGUGUGUUAUUCGAGGAUAUAUUUGACGUAAAAGACAUCGAUCCUGAAGGGAAAAAAUUUGAUAGAGUCAGUCGCUUGCACUGUGAAAGUGAAUCCUUCAAAAUGGACCUCAUUCUGGAUGUCAACACUCAAGCUUAUCCCAUGGAACUUGGGGAUAAAUUUCGUUUGGUAGUUGCAUCUACUUUAAAAGAAAGUGGUUUGCCUGAUGAUGGAGAGUGGGUGCCGACUUCCGAAACACGUGAAGUUCCUUCACGAGCAGAUUCUUUCGAGUACGUCUGCUACGGGAAAAUAUACCGUAUUGAAGGUGAUGACGUGGCAAAUGAGGCUUCUAGGCUGGCAGCAUAUGUCUCUUUUGGAGGUUUACUAAUGAGAUUGCAGGGCGAUCCUAAUAAUUUACACGGGUUUGAAGUAGACAACCAUGUAUAUUUAUUGCUUAAGAAACUGGCAUUUUGAAGCAUUUAUAAAUUCUACUGUAAAUAACUUUUAUAUUAAAAAAAUGGGUUUUCCCUAAUAAAAAUAAAAGGUAUUAAACCUGCA